AUGUCCACCGACGCAGCCCAAGCCUGGUCCGCAGCGGCAAACAGCUAUGCAGACCACGUGACCCAAGUCACCAGCGAAGGUGGCGAAGCCUUACUCGAACUCGUCGAAAGCCUUCGUCCAUUUGAUAAAGAUUCCAUCGUACUGGACUCCGGAGCUGGGAAUGGUGCUUUGACCAAUCUGUUAGUGCAAAAGUCGUCAGACAUGUCUAUAACAGCAACAGAUAUAUCCCCCCACAUGCUCUCCAACCUGCAAUCCCGCUCCUUCCCCAACGUUCAAACCUCCAUCCUCGACGCCUCCAAAGAUCACACCUCUCAAGGUCUCGCCGCCUCAUCAUACACCCACACCCUCUCAACAUUCCUCCUCCAAUUUCUCCCUUCCCCCCAAACCACCGUGCAAGAAAUGUACUCUCUCCUCCAGCCGAACGGAAUCAUAGGUCUCACAAUCUGGUCCAAAACUCAAAUUGCCUCGCCAUGGGAUAUAGCCUGCCGGAAUCUCGAUUCCAAAUAUCUUCCCAAUGAUGCCUUCUCUACCGCCUGGUCUUCGUGUCAGGAUCUUGAGCACGGGUUGAAGGAGGCUGGGUUCGUGGAUGUUCAGUCUCGGGAGAAGGAAUUGGUGAUGCGGUUCGCGAAUGCGGAGGCGUUUGUGGGAUAUUUUUUGGAUGGUGGGAAUCCUGCGCUGUUGAUGUGGCAGAAAUCAUGGAAGGGAGAGAGGGAGAGUGUGAGAGGGGAGUUGACUAGAGUGGUGCGGGAGGAGUUUGGGGAUGGGAGGAUUGAGAUGGUUGCUGCUAGUGUUGUCGGGAGGAAGGCCUGA